CACAAAAGCUACUGAGACGGAGCAUAGUUGAAAGCAUAUCGACAUACAUUUAGCGAACUUAACAAUUUUAGUUCAGUUUAUAGACAUGCAUUGGUUCAAGGAAAUACUUAUAUUUAUUUUAAUUUCAAUUACAAUGCGGUAUAGCAGUGGUAAACAAUGUAAUAUUAACUCAUUGACUUGCGAGUUUUGGCUGGACAUUGGGCACUGGAUCCCUAUGCGAAUAGGCUUUCAAAAGAAGCUGUAUGUAAACGAGACGGACGGUAAACUGUACCAGUAUGGUGAUUCUUCAAAAAAAACUUUUUCUCCUGAUGCCGUCAUUUUGGGAGACGGCUCCGACCAUGAACGCGCUUUGAUCGUUGUAAAUAAGACGUUGCCUGGACCAGAACUAACUGUCUACGAAGGGCAAACAAUUAUUGUUCAUGUGAAGAACAACCUUCUCGGGGUGGAAACAUCCAUCCAUUGGCAUGGUGUGGAGAUGCGAGGAACACCCUGGAUGGACGGUGCGGCGUUUGUGACGCAGUGUCCGAUACUGCCCGGCCAGACGUUUACGUACAAGUUCAAUGCUUCCAAAAGUGGAACGUAUUUCUACGAAGGACACAAUAGCGGGUUACAGAAAUUCAUGGGUCUUUAUGGAGCCUUUAUAGUGAAGAAAAAAGAUCAAUCGUUGGGCAGAGAAUACACGAUGCUUAUUCAGGACUACAAUAAUCGUUUUGCCGAUGCAGAUAUAAUGACUCAAGUGAAGGAAUACGUCUUCUACCCCGGUGGAAAGAAAUUCAUUCCUGUUCAAACCGUUGAUGGAUCAUUUACGACUUUUGUGGAAACCACUUCAACUCUGGUAAAUGGGCGUGGUCGCGUUAUUGCUGACAAUGGUAUUCAAAGUACGCACACUCCAUGGACUGUGUUCAGUGUUACUUCGGGUGAGAAAUAUCGUUUCAGAAUGAUAAACACUGGUUUUGUGGUGCAAUAUAUGGUUUCUAUUGACAACCAUAAACUCACCGUCGUAGCUAUUGACGGACAUGACAUUGAACCAUUUACAACAGAUUUCAUUAUAAUUCACACUGGUGAAAGAUUUGACUUUACCAUUGAUGCAACUGAAAAAGUCGGCAAUUACUGGAUUCGUGUUGAAACCCUGAGAAAUUACAGAAAAAUACCGGGAUACGGUGUCCUGAGGUACAAUGGGGCUCCUAAUGCAGAACCAUCGACAAAGAAACGACAAUGUACAAAUGCGGAUCCGUGUGUAGUACUGAACUGUCCAUUUGCUUCGCAUACAGGGUGGGAAUGUCAUUCGGUAGAUACAAUGAAAAUACCGAAAAAUGAAGUGGCUCCAGUUCCUACGUCGCAUGACGGUCCUUUCAAAGAUUUUUUCUUGAACUUUGGCUGGAUGUAUUUAAAUAAUGGGGAAGCGGCAGGUCAUAUCAAUGGUAUUCAAAAUAAACUUCCGUCAGUAUCAGCUCUUACGCAGCCUAGAGAAGUUAUCCCCUGCCAAAGAAAUGAUGGAUGUGGUCCCGAAGAAAAAUGCACGUGUACACACGUUAUUGAUGUAAAGCACAAUGACAUCGUUCAACUAACACUUUUAAAUAUCGGAGACUUUCCUAUUAUCCAUUCUCCCGUGCAUUUGCAUGGAAACAGUUUUCGUGUAUUAAAAGUCGGUUACCGGCCUACGGAUGAGAGCUUCAUCAAGAAGGGGGAUAAUAAAGACAUUCACUGUAACGUUCCUGCUAAUAAAACACGUGCGCUAUGUAAUUCUGUUUCCUGGACUGACCUCACCUGGAGGCAUGGUAAUAUACCUGGAAUUGACCUGGAGCGGGCACCCUUUAAGGACACGAUUACUGUUCCUGCUGGUGGGUAUGUUGUCAUCAGGUUUAGGGCCGAUAACCCGGGCGUGUGGGUGCUUCGAGACACAGAGAUGCAUGGAGCUUUAAUGGGUGCGGAAUUAUUACUAAACAGCUCGUUUCCGCAACAGCCAACCCCACCUGAUUGGUUCCCACAGUGUAGAAGUUUCCCGCCACCGAACUGGAUGUCAAAUAUGAAGGAACAAACAGCAGCAGCAACAUCAAAACAUUCUUAUUCUACCAUGAUAGGUGUAUCAGCAACCACAGAGGAACGCGUGUUCACAGAAGGGGAGUUUUGGGGAAUGUUUUCAGCCCUUAUUUGUGUGAUUAUACUGCAGUUGUUUCUUUCAUUCCUAUGUGUGGCAAGACGAAUACACAGAUUCAAAAGUAUCGUUGACUUGUAUUAAUAAAAGAACGCCAUGUUCAAACCUUUCCUCAUAACUCUCGUAUUUCGUUCAUGUGCCAUUUUAUAUUUAAAGCUUUGUUUUCAUUUUACAUAAUGUUUACCUUAUGCAUGCUGGUUAUAAUUAAUUUGUUUUAUUAAUAGACAUGUAAACAUAUAUUAUGUUUUGUGAAUUGUUCAUAAAAUAAUAAAAAAAUGUUAAAAAACAA